CAACUCAUCAGUCCCAUCAAAGGACAAGAUGACUUGCAUAUCAUUAAUCCUAUCGCCAGAAUUGCUUCUGAGCGUCCGAGAAUUUUGGUUCGAGCAUUUGUCAGGGCCAGAUAGUCUGGUCAUGCCCACCACCGAUGAGAAUAAGAGGUGGUUCUUUGGCGGACCAGAAUUUGACAGGUUAUGCGUAGAACGCUUCGCCCCUACUCUUGAACAGCUCCGUCGUGACGGCAUCAAAUCAGGCCAAGACAUCAUCUACGCGCUGCAGCCAAACGACGCCCACGACUGGCUCAGCUUAAUCCUCCUACUAGAUCAGAUCCCACGCAACUGCUACCGCGGAGACCACGCAGACAUCGUCUUCAACUACUUUGACCCCAUGGCCAGAGAAGUCGCCCUCACAGCAAUCCAGCGCGGCAUCCCCGAGAGGUGUCCGGAGCUUCGCUGGCGCUUCGCCUACCGCAGCUGGUUCUACGUGCCGCUGAUGCACUCGGAAGAUAUUUCGCUACACGACCUAGCAGUGGAAAAAUACGAGGGCCUAAAACGCGACGUGGAGAGCCUACUACCUUCCGAGAUGGCUGUAGACUGGAACGACGAGUCCGAAGUAGCGCAUGAGUAUCACAUCGCGGCGCAGAGAGUCGUGCAGUCAAGUGAAGAGGCGGCCACGGAAUACGGGCAGCUGAACCUUGGAUUUGAAAAGAGGCAUUGGGCGAUUAUCAAGCGGUUCGGACGGUAUCCGCAUCGGAAUCGGGUCAUGGGGCGCGAGACGACGGACGAGGAGCGCGAGUAUCUGGAGAAUGGGGGAGACACGUUUGGCGGAUGAGCGAGGUACUGAUAGAUAUUACAUUGAUUUGAAACUGGCAGCGGGAUAUACUAUGUAUUCCCGGUAUAUAUCUUUGAUGAAUGUGUUGCUACGAUGGAAUGGCAUGAGAUGAGAUGAGAUGAAAUGAAAUGAAGCGGCA